UUGAGGGGUGGAGAUGACUUCCAUCACUCGGAGGCCAGAGUUUAUACUCGUGGACUAAUGCACCUCCCACUUGCGGUUGAUUUCACACUGCUGUUUGAGCAAGAGAUAAAGCAAGAAGUGAGAAGUUUACAUGAGUGAUAGAAAUAAGAUUUCAAGACAGAUUUUGACAGAAACCUUCGGUGGAUCUGAGUUGCCAUGCCUUCUUACACAGUGACCAUUGCCACAGGGAGCCAGUGGUUUGCAGGGACGGAUGACUACAUCUACAUCACUCUGGUGGGCAUGGAGGGAUGCAGUGAGAGAACGCUGCUAGACAAGGCUCUGUACAAUGACUUUGAGAGGGGGGCGGUAGAUUCCUAUCAGGUGAAUGUUGGGGAGAACCUUGGAGAUAUUGUGCUGGUGAAGAUUGAGAAGAAGAAAUACUGGAUGCACGAUGACUGGUACUGCAGGUACAUCACAAUCAAGUCCCCAGACGGAGAGUACAAGGAGUUCCCCUGCUUCCGUUGGCUGGUGGAUGACAGGGAAGUGGUGCUGCGGGACGGACGAGCAUUUCUGCCUCAGCAUGAUAAGACCAGCGUGGUCAAGCAGCAUAGGCAAAAAGAACUGGACACGAGGAGAAAAACCUACAGAUGGAAGGAGUGGCAGCCAGGCUUUCCCAUGAGCAUAGAUGCUAACAAACACAGGGAUCUGCCCCGGGACAUCCAGUUCGACAGUGAGAAAGGAGUGGACUUCAUACUCAACUACAGUAAGGCAAUAGAGAACCUUUGUAUGAACCAGUUCAUGCACAUGCUCCAGUCCUCCUGGAGUGACUUCGCUGACUUUGAGAGAAUUUUUGUGAGGAUCAAAAACACAAUCUCAGAGUAUGUGAUGCAACACUGGAAGGAGGACUUCAUGUUUGGUUACCAGUUUCUGAAUGGUUGCAACCCAGUGGUUAUCCAAAAGUGCACAAAGCUUCCUGACAAGUUUCCUGUCACCGAUGAGAUGGUCUCUGUUAGCCUGGAAAGGGAACUGACCCUGGAGCAAGAAAUUGAGGCAGGUAACGUCUACAUAGUGGACUAUCACGUGAUAGAUGACAUUAAAGCAAACAGCACAGACCCGUGCACACUGCAGUACCUCGCAGCUCCCAUGUGUCUGUUGUACAAGAACACUCACAACAAGAUCAUGCCCAUCGCCAUACAGCUCGGCCAGACUCCAGAUAAAAACCCCAUCUUCCUCCCCACGGACGGUCAGUAUGACUGGUUACUGGCGAAGAUUUGGGUCCGCUCAGCUGACUUCCAGCACCAUCAGACCAUCACACACCUGUUAAGGACACAUCUGAUGACAGAGGUGUUUGGCAUCGCCAUGUACAGACAGCUCCCCGCUGUUCACCCCGUGUUCAAGCUCCUCAUACCACACGUCCGUUACACUAUUGCCAUCAACACCAAGGCCAGGGAGCAGCUCAUCUGCGAGUGUGGAAUCUUUGACAAGGCAAAUGCAACAGGUGGAGGUGGCCACGUCCAGCUUAUCCAGAAGGCCAUGAAGUCUCUUACCUUCAGGUCUUUCUGCUUCCCUGAUAUGGUCAAGUCCCGUGGCAUGGACAAGAAGGAGGAGGUGCCAACCUACUUUUACAGAGACGACGGCUACAAGGUGUGGGAGGCCACCAAGAGCUUUGUGUCCGAUGUGGUGAAUAUUUACUACACCGAUGAUACGGAUGUGCAGGAAGAUGAGGAAAUCCAGGCCUUCAUUAAGGACGUGUGCAGCUUUGGCAUGCAGGACUUUGAUCAUUGUGAGUUUCCCAAGUCGCUGAAAUCACGUGAGGAGCUGACAGAGUACCUGACGGUGGUCGUGUUCACCGCUUCAGCCCAGCACGCAGCUGUGAACUUUGGACAGUAUGACUGGUGUUCCUGGAUCCCCAAUGCUCCAUCGACCAUGCGGAGGCCUCCACCACAGGAGAAGGGCUUGGCAAAUGUGAACUUGAUCAUCGAGAGCCUCCCGGAUCGCGGGCGCUCCAGCUGGCACCUGGGAGCUGUCUGGGCCCUCAGCCAAUACCAGGAGAACGAGCUGUACCUUGGCAUGUAUCCUGAUGAACACUUCAUUGAGAAGCCAGUAAAAGACGCCAUGCAGAAGUUCAGGAGGCAGUUGGCAGAGAUAACCAGCGGGAUCAGGAAGAGGAACGAGGGAAAGAAGCUGCCCUACUACAACAUGUCCCCUGACAAAAUCCCAAACAGUGUUGCUGUUUGAGGAUUACAACUCACCUCAUCACGCAGCUCCAUAUUUAAAAAAGAAAGCCCACUGAGGCUACACUAUAUUGCUGAAAGUAUUUGCUCACCUGCCUUGACUCGCAUAUGAAUUUAAGUGACAUCCCCUUCCUAAUCCAUAGGGUUCAAUAUGACAUCUGUCCACCCUAUGCAGCUAGAACAGCUUCAACUCCACCGGGAAGGCUGUCCACGAUGUUUAGGAGUGUGUUUAUGGGAAUUUCUGACCAUUCUUCCAGAAGCUGAAUUGUGAGCUCACACAUUGAUGUUGGACGAGAAGGCCUGUCUCUCAGUCUCUGCUCUAAUUCAUCGCAAAGGUGUUGUAUGAGGUUGAGGUCGGGACUCUGUGCAGGCCAGUCAAGCCCAUCCACACCAGAGUCGGUCAUCCAUGUCUUUAUGGACCUUACUUUGUGCACAGUCAUGUUGGAAGAGUAAGGGGCCAGCUCUAAACUGUUCCCACAAAGUUGGGAACAUGGAAUUGUCCAAAGUGUCUUGGUAUGCUGAAGCAUUUAGUUCCUCUCACUGGAACUGAGGGGCCAAGCCCACACCAUAAUCCCCCCUCCACCAAACUGUAUAUUUGGCACAGUGCAGUCAGACAGGUAUCGUUCUCCUGGCAACCACCAAACCCAGACUCGUCCAUCAGAUUGCCAGAUGGAGAAGUGCGAUUCGUCACUCCAGAGAACACGUCUCUGCUGUUCUAGAGUCUAGUGGCGUCUGCACCUGACGCUUUGCAUUGCACUUGGUGAUGUAUGGCUUGGAUGCAGCUGCUCGGCCAUGGAAACCCAUGAAGCUCUGUACUGCACUGUUCUUCAGCUAAUCUGAAGGCCACAUGCAGUUCGGAAGUCUGUAGCGAUCGAUUCUGCAGCAAGUUGGCGACCUCUUCGCACUAUGACCCUCAGCAUCCGCUGACCCCGCUCUGUCGGUUUACGUGGCCGAGUUGCUGUUGUUCCCAAACACUUCCAUGUUCUUAUAAUACAGCUGACAGCGGACUGUGGAGUAUUUAGGAGCAAGGAACUGUCACGUCUAGAUUUGUUGCACAGGUGGCAUCCUAUCACAGUUGCAUGCUAGAUUCACUGAGCUCCUGAGAGCGACCCAUUCUUUCACAAAUAGUUGUAAAAACAGUCUGCAUACCUCUGUGCUUGAUUUCAUAUAUCUGUGGCCAUGGAAAUGAUUGGAACACCUGAUUCUGAUUAUUAGGAUGUGUCAGCGAAUACUUUUGGCAAUAUAGUAUAUUUAAUGUGCUUUCUUCAGUUAUGUUGUCAUUAAACUUGUUAUUCCCCAAGUACAGUAUGUGGUUGUUAAUCUUUGGUAGGAGGAAUCUUU